UAUUCGAAGGACCUCCAUGCAAAUGCUGACCGAAAUCAUUACCUCACCGAGGGCGCAUAUUAUUGAGGUUUCAUUCUUCGUCCUUCGUCCUUCAUGCCUUUCAGCUUUGCGACGUGCUCGCUGACAGAGCAGAACAUAAAGUCAAUGUCAAAGAGUAUACUUUAUGGAGCUACUUGACAAAGACCUUAACCUUACUGCCAUUUGGCAUUUAAGUCACUGCAACCUGUUUGUUUCCGGACCAAACUAUGAGAGAUCGUGGUUCGAUUGUGCACGAUCAUUGAUAUUGGUGCAACUUCACCUCCUCCCAUUCGUAUCGCUUAUGAUGCCCUGCAAUGGAGCGGGUAUACCCAUUCAUGGGAAUGUGACUGGAAAUCUAUUGGCUCGUGGACGGACCCAAUUUUGGUUUAUCGACACCGCAUUCUGGCCUUGCUGUAUUGGUUCUCUAGCGCGUCUAGCACAAGUCGCCGCUGACAUUAUCUUCCAACUAAGCGAAUGCUCGUCCUCGUCCUUUCCCCUCUGAGGCUUCAUACUAGUUGUGGAUGUUGCCAAAACAGCAUACGCAAUUUAGAGGAUCUGUAAUUUUGGAGAUUUAGCGAUAUUCGACGGCCACAGAUAUGAACGUUGUUACAAAGUAUAUUAAAG